AUGUUGGGAAGAAAUCGUGUUUGGUUGGUCGACAACAGUGACUCUUGUUCUGGGAGAGUAGAGGUUCCCCAUAAUGGAAUGUGGGGAACAGUGUGUGAUGAUGGCUGGGAUCUAUCAGAUGCUGCAGUGGUGUGUAGAGAACUGGGCUGUGGGAGAGUUUUGGAAACAAAGACUGGCGCCUAUUUUAGACAAGGUCCAGGAUCAGUAUGGAUGAAUAAUAUAAAGUGUGUUGGGACUGAAUCUUUAUUGAUGAGCUGUCCAUAUGACUCAAGUUCAUCACUCAGCUGUGGCCAUGAGAAAGAUGCUGGAGUCAUUUGCGGAUGUGAUACGGCUGGUUCUGUGAAACUGGUUAAUGGCCAAGAUGCUUGUUCUGGAAGAGUGGAGGUUCUUCAUAAUGGAACAUGGGGAACAGUGUGUGAUGAUGGCUGGGAUCUAUCAGAUGCUGCAGUGGUGUGUAGAGAGAUGGCUUGUGGAGAUGUUAUAGAGGCAAAGACUGGUGCUUUUUUCGGACGAGGUUCAGGAUCUCUGUGGAUGGCAGAUGUAAACUGUGUUGGAGAUGAGUCAACACUGAGCAGCUGUGAGUCCCGUGAAUGGGGAAUGAAUGACUGUGACCAUUCAAAGGAUGCUGGAGUCAUCUGUCAGUGUAAGUUGCUUAUAUUUAACAGCUUAACAUAUUUUAUCCUGCAGUAA